UUGCUGCCUUUGAAACUUUCGGAGGGGGACGUCUCUGUGCGCUUUUUACGCACUCAGACACAGUGUGGCACUUUUCUUCUCUUCCCUUUUACCGGUUCUCGGCUGCUCGCUAGAACAAAGCGCAGCCUUCAUUUCAGGAAGCACAGCCUACAUGGUACAGCAGUUUCCCACAGUCAAACUAAAAGUAUGCAGCCUCCUCGUGUCCAAUCCACUCAUUCAGAACUUGCUGUGACUUAUAGCUGGCGUUUAUGUACAGUCUAUAUAUAUAUAUAUAACUAGAUUAUAUAAUAACCCUGUGCGCCUUGGACAGUCUGCAAAGAGCAUCCGCAAGAUGCAAUCAAUUAUUAAUGGGGUCCUGUUUGUGGAAAGUAGGCUGUUGUGAUAUACAGACAGAGGGGGUGUGAUGUCCUAAUAACCCACGAUGGAGACUUGAAAUGUGGUAUUAUCAUGUGAUGGAUGGGAGCUACUUUUUUAAAGGACCAUUACUAAUGACUGAUGUUCCCCUCAGGUUGAACAGGACGUUCUCCACAGAUCGCAGCUGACAUCUGAUCCUUUCUGGGAAUAAACUCAACCGGACUUUUUAUUACUACUAUUUGGAAACAUGGAGUUCGACUGUUUCCAGCACUAUUUUUUGGACGAUUUCGACACCGAGGAGGACUUUUACAAGUCGACCGCACCGAGCGAGGACAUAUGGAAAAAGUUCGAGCUGCUGCCCACCCCUCCCAUGUCUCCCACCCGGACUCUGAGCGGCGCUGCCCUGCACCUCUCGCCGGGGGACAAGCUCAGCUGGUUGUCCAAGGUGCUGGGGCAGGACGAGGAGUGCGAGGGUCCCUUCACCCCGGACCCGGAGAAGCUGUUCGGCAACCUGAGCUCCAUCAUCAUCCAGGACUGCAUGUGGAGCAGCUUCUCCGCCAGCAAGCAGCUGGAGAAGGUCAGCGGGAGAGUGGCCACCAUCGCCUCCCCGGUGGCACAGAUCUCCGUGAGACCCAGCAAAGCGCAGUGCGUCUCCCCCAGUGGCCCGCUCCCCGCCUCGGUCACAGACUGCGUCGACCCGGCGGCGGUUCUCACCUUCCCGGCGAACAGCUGCAGGAAGCCGGCCUCGUCAGGCUCCGAGUCUCGCUCCGAUUCCUCUGAUGACGAAGAGGAAAUCGAUGUGGUCACCGUGGAGAGCAAGCAGAACCGGGUGCGGCUGGUCAACGUCAGAAAGCCAGUCACCGUCACGGUCCGGGCCGACCCAUGCCCCAAACGCUUCCACAUGUCCGUCCACCGGCAGCAGCACAACUAUGCCGCCCGAUCACCAGAUAGCGAGCCCGAGGAUGAAGAUGAUGAUGAGGACGACGACGACGACGAUGAUGAUGAUGAUGAUGAUGACGAUGAGGAGGAGUAUGAGGAAGAGCCUCAAAGCAAGCGUGCCUGCACAGCAUCCAGCCAGCAGGGUCGCGGCUCCCAGCCCUCCUCCCCCUCAGAUUCCCCCCUAAACUCAGAUGCAGAAGACACUGACCGCAGACGGAACCACAACUUCCUAGAGAGGAAGAGGAGGAACGACCUCCGCUCUCGUUUCCUCGCCCUGCGGGAUGAGAUCCCCGGCCUGGAAUCGGCUAAGACCCCGAAGGUGGCCAUCCUGACUCAGGCGACGGAGUACCUCGUGGAGCUGCACUCCAGAGAGAAGCGGCAGCUCCUAGAGAAGAAGCGCCUCAAGUCCCGUCAGCAGCAGCUUCUCCGCAGAUUAUCUGAGCUGAAGCGCUCCUGAGACUCUGUCACAGUCAAGAACUCUGCUCUUAAGUUACUUGUCACUUUUGAAAACCUACAGUUUUCAUUAAGACAUGCCUCAUGUGAAUAGCCGUGGAAUGAAUUUUGUGUGGAAUAUUGCUGUGGGCUUCCGAUGAAUUGACAGUGCUGGCCUGUGAACCUGUUACGGGGAGGAGCAGUUAGAUCUCUGUGUGCUGUGUUUUAUAUUUUUCUUUGCACAGUGUGUUAAUUUGGAACAUGGAGGCUUAAAUGAAUUUACUUUUAUAGCUAUGACCAAGAUAUAUCCUGGUAUGUUGUGAUGGGGGACUGAGAAAUGUUUUUUAAUAGUUGUAUCAGUGUGAUGCCUGUAGCCUUCAAGGUGUGUGUAUGUGGAAGCAGGUUGGGGAUCUCCAGUGCACACUUGAGUGAAGUGUGAAUGCCUUUCUGUACAUACGAGUGAAUGAGACUGAUUGUGCGACUGAUUGUUUGAUGUACAGAUUGUCCUGUAAAUAAUAGCUUAUUGCUCCUGAUGAAGGAGAUGGAAUCAAGAGUUGUCACCGGGUAUCGCUCCUCUGUUUAACGGGCCACCAGGCACAGAGGAGCCUUUAUUUUGUUAAGAAAAUAGGAAAACUGACAAAAAAAAGGAAAAAAAGAAGAAAGUAGCACUGCUGUACUUUAUAUUCACACGUCACUUUGUGAUUUCAAUGCUUCUCCUGAGUUUGGUUGAUUUUUUUAAAAAAAGCAUGCUAACAUCAACAGCAACAUUAAAUUUUUAUACCAUGUUUGCAUAAAA